AUGAAGGGCAGAGGAGUUGCAUGUGUCACCACAGCUGGAGGUAGCAGAGGCAGCAGAAGCUCUGCAACCACCUGGGUUUGUGGGACAGCUGCUGGCAUUUCUGAGUCCAGUGGGACUGAUUGCAAGGGAGACCUGGGGAGCAAGGCCAAGUUAGAUGCUUAUUACUCACUUUGGGUCCUUUAUUGCAGAGUCUAUUCAUUACCAACAGAGUACUGUGAAUAUAUGCCUGGUGCUGCUAAAUGUAGGCAAUGGUUAGAGAAGAAUUUUCCAAAUGAGUUUGCAAAACUUAGCACAGAAAAUUCACCCAAACAAGAAGCUGGAAUUAGCAAGGGUCAAGGACAAGCAGGGGAAGAGGAAGGGAAGAAAAAACAAAAAAGAGGUGGAAGGGGUCAAAUAAAACAAAAAAAGAAGAUCAUAUGACAAAAGUUUAUGAUAGCCAAAACUCCCAGAGUAACAAAGAAAUAUGUAAUGAGAGCGUGCAGCCUUGCAACUUUUGAAAUUACACUCAUAAUGAGAUUUCAACAAAUUCUUUGCCUUACUGGAAAACACAAAUACAUUCAUCAAUUUGAAACAAAUGACUUUGAGUCUAAGUGA